UGGCUGGCACAGACGCCUUUUACCAAAAAUGAAGCGGACGUGAUGACGUGUCAUGACGGUUAAAAGAGUGUUGAAGAGAGCAAGGGAAUAAUGAGUUAAUUUUAAAUGGACUGGAAAUGUGUCACUCAUAAUGGAACUAUUGUGUGUGCCUUAUAUGUGCUAGAGUCAAUUAUGAUUGCAUUUCAUAUCUUGGCUAGAAGACAACGCAUCAGCAAACAUCGAAUGUUAGCCAUCCUACUAUAUCAGGAAGCUGUAUCAGAAGUUGAUGGAGGAGCAUGGCCCUGCCCUCUUUAGAUUCCUCCCUCCAAGGGAUCCCGAAGAAUGUGCUGGCUGUUUCCAUGGAAACUAAGUACCAAUGCCAGCAGUGUCACCAGGUCCUGAGGAAGCCGGUCCAGGCUCAGUGUGGACAUCGCUUCUGUGUCCACUGUUUCAAACUGCUCACCAGCUCUGGACCCAAGCCCUGUGAAGCAUGUCAACAGGAGGAGAUAUACGAGGAGCCCCAGUCCAUUCUCAAUAGCAAUGAGGCUUUUCCAGACAAUGCAGCCGGUAGAGAAAUCGCCAGCCUGCCUGCCAAAUGUUUCAAUGGGGGCUGCUCUUGGACAGGUUGCAUCAAAGAAUAUGAGGCACAACACGAGGGCAAGUGCGAGUAUGAGCACGUACCAUGUGAAGCCUGCCAGAUCCUCAUCCUGCGUAGUGAAAAAGAGAGGCAUAACGAGAGAGAAUGUGAAGAAAGAACAUUGAACUGCAAGUACUGCAAAGUCUCCUUCAACUUCAAGCAGAUCAAGGCUCAUGAUGAAAUCUGCCAGAAGUUUCCCAUGCAGUGCAAGGACUGUGGAAAGAAAAAGAUCCCACGGGAAAAGUUUCUAGAUCACAGCAGAUCCUGUGCCAAGUCUAAGACUGCAUGUCCAUUCAGUGAGGUUGGCUGCAAGGCUGUGAUUGAUAAUGGAAAGCACAGUGACCACGAGCAGACGAGCGUCGUGGAGCACAUGCGUCUGAUCCUGGCGACGUCUAUGGUGCGGCUGCAGCGUCCGGAGGCCCCAGGGCUGGGGGAGUGGCAGGAGGACUCUGGGAUUGGCCUGUACCGCGCUCCUGAGGAGGGAGCCACAACUUCUGCAGCCACAGUUGGGGGUGGAACCGCUGCCUCUGGACAGACCAGUGGCCUUGACCAUAAGGUGACGGUGCUGGAGAAUAUAGUGUGUGUACUGAACAGAGAAGUAGAGCGGAGCUCUCUCACUUUAGAGGCCUUCUCUCGACAACAUCGACUAGACCAGGACAAGAUAGAGAACCUCAGCAACAAGGUGCGUCAACUAGAGCGUACUCUCACCAUGCGGGACCUACAGCUAGCCGAGACAGACCAGACUCUGAGGGAGCUCCAGUUCUGCACCUUUGACGGUGUGUUUGUUUGGAAGAUCGCUGACUUCUCACGCCGCCGGCAGGACGCUGUGGCCGGGCGAACACCCGCCAUGUUCUCACCAGCGUUCUAUUCCAGUAAAUAUGGCUAUAAGAUGUGUCUAAGACUGUAUCUGAAUGGGGAUGGAACAGGUCGAGGGACACACCUUUCUCUUUUCUUUGUGGUGAUGAGGGGCAAGUGUGACGCUUUGCUCAAAUGGCCCUUCAGUCAGAAAGUGACUCUGAUGCUGCUGGAUCAGAAUAACAGGGAGCAUAUUAUUGACGCCUUCCGACCUGAUGUCAGCUCCACCUCUUUCCAGCGGCCAAUCAGUGAGAUGAACAUAGCCAGUGGCUGCCCACUCUUCUGCCCAUUAGCUAAACUGACAGGCAAGAGCUCCUACCUUAGGGAUGAUACUAUUUUCAUCAAGGCCAUUGUAGACCUCACAGGCUUGUAGAGGCUGUGGAAGCCCCCUACACAAAGGCACAAAACGCAGACUAAUAUAUAUAACUUCUGAAAUUACAUAAUAUAAGUAAUAUUAUAAUAAAAUGCAUAUAUUUAUUAUUAUAAGUAUAUCAUAGACACUGUUUAUUUUGCUGGCUGAAGGCACUGGAAUGAAAAUGAAUUCUGCUAGCAGAUCUUUUCAAUUGGUUUAAACAGAGAAAAAUAGGGUGAGUGAUAUGGCCAACCCAAGUGUGGGCUCUGACUACUAGAAGUGCAGUAUUAUGCAGAGGAUGCCGUGACUGUUUUUGAAUGCAAGGCAAUAAGAGCUUGUCAAAAUUGGUCAGCAAAUAGGCUCAUUGCACAUAAAUCACGUUAUGUAUUUCUAUUAUUUUCCAAUAUUUCUUAAUUUGGAGACACUGAGGUGAUCGUGCCAAAAUGACACUGUCAAGUUGUGAAAAACUGCUUUUACUUGAGGUAGCACCUGUUGUACACAUGGACAAGGAUGUGUUAGAGAUCCUGCCCAUUCAUCAUGUAAGCAGGCACAACUUUUUAAAUGGCAAAACCAACCGGUCGUUAAUUUAUAUUAAAGAAAUGUUCCACAAACUCCGCCUAGUGCUUUCUCAAAAAAGCUACAAGCCGGUCCCAAGCCCGGAUAAAGGAGGAUGGGUUAGGUUAUGCGUAAGACUAGCAGGCGCAAUCUGUAAAAAAAAAAAAAAAAUUUAAAAAUUGUGGGGGGGCAACAGUACAAUUAUACUAGUUGAUCAUAGAUGGCAAAUGCUCCUUGAGGAGCAACGGGUCUAACUAAGUAGCUUAGAGCAUUCCAAAAACAUGAGUACGCUUUCCCAUUUAAACAGUUGUGCACUCGCAUCCAGUAGCGAUGCGUGGGUAAAAUCACUGGGGAAGCCAAGCUGGGGGGGAGGGGGAGCUAUUUUACAACCUAUGUGUUGUGGUCAUUGCGUUGUUUGCUCUAUAACCUGUUAGUUCAUAUGCCUUGACACUGUAAUAUAUAGGCCUAAGGCUGAGACAAUAAGAAGACACAGAAGCAGAAUAAAUUCAACCACAGCUUUUUUUUUCAUCACAAAACAGGAGAGCAACCUCUGUCUGGUGAAGUCCACAAAAGAUAUUGCAUGUAACAGUUGCUUGAUCAUGCUGUAGGUCAUGUAAGUUAAUGUUUCUGUCAUCUUCAGACUACGAAACAACUAUUGAUUUAGAACCACUGAGUUACCGCAAGUCACAAAGAAACCAGGAGCUGCCUCCACUAUUCCAGCACCAUUUCAACAUCAUCUAAUCACCCUAUGCUUAGUCUAAUACAGUGACAACUAAAAGAUACCACAAAUUGUCCAACCAAUGUCAGCCAAAUAUGAUGUAGCUGUCCAUGGUUCUGAUUUCUGUGUGUAUGCGUGCAAGUAGAAAAACAUGUUGACUCGCCCUACACCCUACCCUAGAAACGCCAAUGCCAUCCUCCGCUUUCCUGUUGCCUAAACGAACUAUGACGCUGUCAUACACUUGAAAAAAAUGUUUUUUGUUGUCCAAGGCUACCUGGCUAAAAUACUAGUUCACUAGCCUAACUUCUUUUCAUUGGCAAUGAUGCGCCAGGCCAGCUAGUUAACAUUAGCCUAACAUUACUACAUGUAGCUACAUGUUGAACUUCCAUCCUCUCGGGCCAGGUACACAAUGUAUGAAUUUAUGGUUGGAUCAGAAUUUCCAUUAUAAUCAUUGGCCAGUACGGAUAAUUAAGUAAACCACAAGUCCAAUUCUCUAUCCAUUGCUAAUUUAGGAAUGGGACAAUUUUAGCUAUCUAGCCACUGGAGGACAACGACACAAUGGGAUGCAAUUAAUUCAAGUUUUCUGUCAAUGAUGUUUGGCUUCUAAUGUGAUGUGAUUGGUCUGAAGCCAAAUCCAAACUGGCUUACCUUGGUCCUGUCACACCAAAAAAAAAGAAGUCUCAUUCACAGCUGAUCUCACUCAGUUUAGCUCAACGUUGAUUGGCUAUUUUAUAGAAAAAAAUGAUCAAGGGAGGCCAAAUGCUCCUUGGCUUCCCUUGCAUUCAAUGUUAUGGGUGGCAACAAUGUCACACUUUUUGACCAGACAGCAUAGAUGGGCUACACACAGAGACAGAGGGUUGCUAUUUUUUGAUUGAAUGCUUUCUCCUGUGAGAUACAUUCAGCCUCUUGCGAUUUGAAGGAAAUUUAUGAAACACAGAAAGAUGAAAGCUAAAUGAAUUUGUUAUUUUUGUGGGGGAGCCUGGCUUCCCUUGGCAUCCAUGAAUACACACCACUGCUCACAUCUAUCCAGGUGGGUGCAUAAUACUGUGCAUGUGCACAACAGGCUUUACCUUGAAUUCAAGUAGUUUUUCAUCAAAUUGAAGCAGUAUCAAGUUUGUGUCACCGUUAAUUCUUUGCCAUGCUUAGUAGAAGACAUUAUCAAAAUAGCUGCAAAGCAGACCAAAUUUGACACCUCUUAAUUGACAUUUCAAAGGCACCACAUCCUCUGCAUUGUCCUGAGAUUCAGGCAGACAUGGGCAAUACUUAAUUUGAGCAUUAUAUGCCAUUUUGACCUAAUGGCGCCGGAUGAGAUCGCUGCCGAUUUUACUGGCCCUUAACCAAUUGUGCUAUUGUGUGUGUUUUCGUGUUAUUUGUAACAUAUUUUGUACCUCGCUGCUCUUAUUUUUUUAAGGUCUACACCUGCUGUAUGCAGUGCAUGUGACAAAUACAAUUAGAUUUUGAUUUGAUCCGCUCGAGGCUCAGAUGAAACGAUCAUCGUAUCUUUCCUCAGUAUACUUUUUAGUCCAGUUCUGUUAGCUAGGUAGAUGAACAGUGCCUAUAUAGCUGUAGUGUACAAGAGUAUGCCACAGUAGACAUGUACCCAAUUAAGAUUAUGAUUAAAUAUACUGUAAUAAAAUACAGUAUUAACUAACAAUUAUAUGAACUAUGUUAUAGGCCAAGCUGAGAAAGCGCCUGCUCUUUUCAAAUACGAAAUGCAUAUUUUAUCUCAAAUUUCAAGAUUAGUAUUUAUACUGAGCUAGCGCAUAAAUAAAUGGUAAGUUAGCAUGCUAUUAUGCCAGCAUAAUUGUAUUGAAUAGAACAAUUAAGUGCUUCUGAAUGUCAUACUUGUGACAGGUUAACCUUAUCUAUCUUGUGUAGAGUGGAUGAGAAUUAUUUAAGGACCUCUCCUUCACUUAACAUAUUAUUGUUGGUCAUUAUUCAGCUAUAACUAAUAUACAAAGACAUUUGAUGUGUUAAUGUAGAUUAUGUAUAUUUUUGUCACUGUAAUGGUAAAGAGUCAUAUGUAGGUGUAUUGUUGAAGGGAAGGUUACAAAAAUAUAACAGCACAGUGUGUAAUGUUAAUUAUAUGCAUGUGUUUAAAGGAAAGCAAUUCUGAUUUAAUAUAGUUACCUUUGUAAGUUGUCAUUGAUUUUUGUCUUAUUUAACCAAGGAAGUCGCACUGAUCUUGCAGGAGUCAUUUUGUUUUAUGCUCUCAUGACUGUCAAGACUUGUGUGCUGUAAUUACUUGUUUUUAUUGGAACAUUGAGGUGUUUGAUUUGAUUGCAUGUUAAUUCAAACACCUAUCUAGCAUGGAGUAGUCCUGGGAUUAUAUAGAAUAGAAUAUAAUAUCUAUAACAAUGAAUUGGAGGGGGGAAAGUAUACCUGGUAGAUAAUGUAUUGAGAAAAAAUGAGAAUGUUGUUAUGAAAAUAAAUACAGUUGAUAAAA